CAAAUUCACACUUUGACAUCCUGAGAUUUUUCUUCGAUAUAGUGCCGAUUUUUGCUGUCUUAACUUGAUCAUUUAUUUAGUAAAGUGCUAUUAUACCUAGCAUAGUUUUAUCUAAGUUUGCUCGCUUGAUUCAACCAACAUUGGCAAAGAUGGGAUAUCAUAUCGUCAUCAUCUUGUCCAUCGUCUUCUGUGCCACUUGCUUUGAAUCGCCAGGGCGAACCGCUUUUCCUGGCUCCAUGAUGCGAAGAGAUCCAGGCCAUUAUCCUGGCUACUACUACUCCAUCAGCAACGUUCUUCUCAAUCCCUCAUCAAAAACAUUUCAAAUCAACUCCAAGAGGGCAAAAAGUGAACGAUUCCUUAAUAAACCUUGGCCUAUAGAGACAGUCACUGAGCCAAUGGUGACUUGUGAUGAGGUCCACAACAAGGGAUAUGUAUUUGUCAUCUUUUAUCACUAUGACAGUAACUACUUCCACAUGCAUGUAGACACCUUGAUGCCCCUUUUCAAAGCCAUCUAUUAUAAGCAGGAAAACAGGAACAGGCCGGUUGUAAUCAUCCCAGCAGUUGAAAAGGAACGUUUAGAGUCACUUGAUUGGGAAACACCCGCAUUUGACAACAGUUCCAUCUACUGGAUGCAGAUGUUGAAGUUCAUAUCUGGCAGAAACAAACUGUUGCCAUUGAAUGCAAAACUAUUGGCAAGAGGGCAGAAUAUCUGCUUUAGAGAAAUAAGCUUUGGGACAUCAAGCUAUACAGUGUUCCCUGAACAUGAGGACAUCAUCUUGAAAUACAUAAAAUUUGUGAGGGAUCAGUUCCAAAUAGUGAUGCCACAACCACAUUCGAAAAUAAGAGUUGGGCUGAUUAAAAGGACUGGACGAAGGUUGAUUCUCAAUGAGGAUGACAUCAUCAAAGCAGUGAAGCCAUUCACAGAAAUCGAUGUGAUUAACUUUGAUGGGAUGACAUUUCGGAAACAGAUUGAAGUUGUCCAAAAAUACAGUGUCUUGAUAGGAAUGAAUGGUGCAGGUCUCAUCAACGCCUUAUUUGCUCCACCCUUCACCUGUGCUGUCCAGCUAGUGCCAUAUGAGGCUCAAACUAACCACAAAGCAUUUGGAACUUUACUCACAGCUAAGGGACCUUAUCUUGAGUGGCAUAAUCAACAUAAGGAUUUACACUUUGUUAAGGCAGAUGGAACUAAUCACAAUGCAGAUACUGUGGUGAAUGUUGAUGAGUUCAGGAAACUAGUCCGGGAGGCUUUGGAGUGGGCAAGACAAGCUAGGCAUAACUACAGAGAAGAACUUUGAUUUUCUACUGCUUGAAAGUCUUUAUCUCAUAAUUCAUAGGUCGGCACAGUUAAAAUAA